UUCGCCUGGCUGCCGCUAACAUGAGAACUUAUUGCCAUGUUGCAUUGUUCUAGCUAGUGUUUUACGUCUAAAUAAGCUCUUAAAUCUAGUUUUCUCAUUUUGGCUUGUAAGUAGUCUUUAAAAAUGUUGAGUUCUACUUGGAAUUUUAUCAAACGCCAUAAGAGGAAAUUCAUCUUUACGGGUGUUUUUGUUGGAGGUGUGUAUCUACUUGGUAAAUAUGCACAGAGAAAAAUUCAGGAGUUACAAGAGCGAGAGGCAGCAGAAUACAUCGCUCAAGCGCGGAGACAGUUUCAUUUUGAAAGUAACCAGAGGACAUGUAACAUGACAGUGUUAUCAAUGCUUCCCACUCUAAGAGAGGCAAUCCUACAUCAUUUGAACUCGGAGAGCCUCACCUCUUUGCUGAAGACAAAGCCAGCCAAUAAGCUUGAAAUCUGGGAGGAUCUGAAGAUAAUUAGUUUUACCCGCAGCAUUGUGGCGGUUUACAGCACUUGCCUGUUGGUGGUGUUACUCCGAGUUCAGCUCAACAUAAUUGGUGGCUACCUCUACCUGGACAACUCAGUGAUGAAAAAUGGAACGAAACCCUUGGCCCCUCCUGAUGUUCAGCAACAGUAUCUGUCAAGUAUUCAACACUUGCUUGGAGAAGGGCUUAUUGAACUGAUAACUGUGGUGAAGAAAGCUGUCCAGGAAGUUUUUGGGCCGGUGUCUCUGAAACAGAGUUUGUCUCUGCAAGAGUUGGAGCAACAGCUAGCUCAGAUCAGACAGUUGGUGGAGGAGGGGUGUGCUUCCUCUAAACACAAAACACUUUCCUGGUACAUGAUGCCUGAUGAAGAGAACACAUUAGCAUCACAGGCCUGUGGUCUCACAGAGAAUGAUGUCACAACAAUAAAGCUACUCAAUGAAACCAGAGACAUGCUUGAAAGUCCAGACUUCAAUACUGUACUUUGUACAUGUUUGAAUCGAGGCUUCAUCCGAUUCCUUGACAACAUGGCAGAGUUCUUCCGGCCCCCACAGGGAGACUCCACCCCCUGCACCUCACCGGAUAGAUUGUCACAUAUAAGCCUCCCACUAGCCAAAAUCAUUCCCAUCAUCAACGGACAGAUACAUUCAAUAUGCAGUGAAAUUCCAAGUCAUUUUGUCCAGGAUCUUUUGAUGAUAGACCAGGUGAAGGAGUUUGCCGCCAAUGUAUAUGAAACGUUUAGCACCCCCCAAGAACUUCAGAAGUAAACACAGAAUUUAGCAAGACAUGGACUUGUGCAAAAAAUGGAACUCUACAGAUCCACUUCAAACAGAGACUCGUCAGCACAGAAUUCCUCUCUUCACAUACCCUGUUCUAAAAUCGACCUGGGGAAAGGAACUCACUGCUGAGCUGAGAGACAAGUGUGUAAUAUGGAGUUUACAUCCACUGUUUAGUAGACCUUCAGUAUAGGGUAGCUUCUCGUGAUCUACUAGCUGUCUGUCGAGACCUCCUAACAAAACUGGAUAUUUGCAAAUAACUGUCAAUAAUGUCCCAGGCAUGUCAAGGUUUUUAAAGGCUAUAAUGAAAUGUAGUACAUGUUAUGUUUUUAAUAAAUUUAGCUUAAUCUCAUAUAACUGUCACAUACGGCAAACGGUAAAAGUUUAUAUUGGAAUGAUUAUCCAUGCAUUCACACCUACAAUAUGGACUUCAAAGGAAAGAAGCUGUAGAAGGAGUGUUUAUUGUGGACAUUUUAUGUAUCCACCUUUUUCCUACGUCCCGUGAUGCUUAGCGAGAAAUAUGGGCAUUACUUCCGUUGUCAAGUAAACACAGCUGUUGUUGCAGCAUACUUACACACAUAAGUUUAAACAUUUGUUCGGUGAGCGAUUGACUGGUGAGAGGUGGUGCUUUGCUGCUGUCCGGGACGCAGCAGGACUGCAUUUUAAACCUCAAAUGCGAUGUGUUUUUUGACUACCUCUGUAUGUGUUUUUUGUGAUCUAAUCACAAAACAUUUUGCACCUCGUUUACAACUAUAUUUAGCACUGACCAUUUGCGAUUGGAUCAUUUGAAACGUGUCUUAUUACCAGCUGUAAACAGGGUCUUAAAAUGACUGCAGCCAGAGCUAGGGAAUGCUGUAGAACAACUUCCGGCGGAAGUCCCACCCACAUUCUAUUUCCCAGUAAGACCCUCAGGAAAAAGGUGGAUUCAAUCUUUGAAUCUGAUGUUGCAGCCCUUGAACACCCUCCACUGGACCAAAACACAGUUAUGUCCACCUCUCGAACAACAUAAAUGCAUGAUGUUUUGCACCCACUGCUACUGUUACAAGACGCAAUACACCUUUACGUCUCCUUAAUAGCACUACUAAUGGGGAAUCGUUUUCAUUUGAAUUGACUUUGAUUUGGGAUCAUUCUCCGAAGAGAUUGUUGGUUGAUUUUAUUUAUGUCUUUUUCUUUUUUUUUUUUUUUUGCAGACUCUUUGGAUGUAGUAUGAAUAUGCUACUCCUUUUGUAAGGUGACCUGUGAAUGUCAAUGUUCAUUAAAAAUAUAUGAAUAGAAACUAUUCUAUAGAAACUAUUCAUUAAGAUACCACAUAAUUUGAUUAGAAAAUAGACUUUAUGUUGUGUUUUGCAUUUUUGUGUCUUUGACUUUUCACCA